GUAAAGGAGCGCAAGCGCAUCAGGAAAGCCGGCGGCUUCAUCAGCUUCAACGGCGUGUGGCGCGUCGCCGGCGUGCUCGCGACCUCCCGCGCCCUCGGCGACUUCCCGCUCAAGGACCGCAACCUCGUCAUCGCCGAGCCGGACGUUCUCGUGUUCGAGCUCGACGCGCUCGACCCCGACUUCAUGGUGCUCGCCACCGACGGCCUGUGGGACGCGUUCACGAACGAGGAGGCGGUCGCGUAUCUGCGCGAUCGGCUCGACGAGCCGCACUUUGGCGCGAAGAGCAUCGUGCUGCAGGCGUACUACCGCGGCUCUCUCGACAACGUCACUGUCAUCGUCGUCGACUUCCGCGACCGCCGGCGCGCGCGUGUUGCCGUAAAGGAGCGCAAGCGCAUCAAGAAAGCCGGCGGCUUCAUCAGCUUCAACGGCGUGUGGCGCGUCGCCGGCGUCCUCGCCACCUCCCGCGCCCUCGGCGACUUCCCGCUCAAGGACCGCAACCUCGUCAUCGCCGA